AUGCCAAGGAAGGGUAGGAAGAGAGCAAGAAGCUCCAAGACAAUAGCAAAGAAAAAGCUUCCAAUCGGGGAACUUGCCCGUAGGCGGAAAAUGCUCAAAGAGGAAUUUAUUUCAAACUGUGGGAACUGCAAAUAUGAACAACAAAAGUUGUGAUCCAAAAUGUGCCUCAGCUUUACUGAGUUCAGUAUCUUAUGUGAUUUUUCUCAAGUUGCAAAUUGUUUAAAUUUUAGCACAGUCUCAUACAUUGAUGUAUGAAUUUUCUGACUCAAGUUCUUUUCAGGAUUUUGCUAUUCUAUUUAUCUUAGGUUAGAAAAUCUGGGACUGUGGAUUAAUUUAACUAUCCGGCAAAUCUUUCAUAGGUUGAAAGAAUCCAGAAUGAUGUGGAGUUAGUGAAAAAAAGAGUAAUUGAGACUGACAUUGUAAGAAAAAGAAAACUUCUGAAAAGACAAAGGUUUCCAACGUCUAUAUCAGAAGCCAGUUCCGAAGAAUAUGAAGUUCCUGUUGCAAAAAGAACUUGCCAAAGAUGUACAAGGGAGACUAUCAAUGCCUGUUAUGAAAUCCAUGGUGGUACAGGGGAGAAUAGAAGUCCAAUACUGGAUGCUUUGUGGUUGAAUUUAGUUAUGGAAGCCACACCGUUUCAGUUGGGAAAGUACUUUUCCUUAUCUAAGAAAGUAAUGAAGAAAGUUUUACCUCGCGUAGUGAAGGAAAGUAUUCCAACUUUUGAGAAUAGCUUUGACAAUAAAAUUAGAAGCCUAAGAGUAUUCUAUAGCAAGGGGUUGUUGAGUGAGGAGAAAUAUAAAAGUAUUAGGCUCAAUCUUUCCAUGAAUACUCGCAAAAGUGGCAAGAAACUGGAAAGCUUUAAGUUCAUGUCAAGUGUUUGCUUGCCGAAGAUCUUGCCCCAUUAG